AACUUCCCCGUUACCACCAUGUCCAUCCCCUCCGUCACCGCCGUCAGCCAAGCUCCCAGCCACACCUUCAGCAAAUCCGUCGUCGGCGCCAUCACCCUCGUCGCCGGUCUCGGCGUGCAGAACGACGCCCACGCCGGCGCGACGGUCAAGCACACCUCCCUCGCGGCACAUGACCCGAGCUCGCCGAAUCUGCGCCAGGUGCACUUGAUACCGUACGAGCUGCUCUACGAGCUCAAGGGCAAGGGGUUCGAUAUCACGUAUGGUCAGCCACGCCGCCAGCUCGGCGAGAACAUCACAACCCACGGCCUCGACCUCGCCGCCCUCCCGCGCGGCACGCGCCUGCACUUCCCCGCCGGCGGCGGCGGCGCCGUGGUCGAGCUCACGGGCCUGCGCCAGCCCGGCCCCGGCAUCGAGCGCUUCAAGCCCGGGUUGUUGCAACAGGUGUGCUACCAAGCGCGCGACGGGCGCGUGGUGCGGCGCGCGGGCGUCAUGGGCGUCGUCGUCGCCGGCGGCUGCGUGCGCGCGGGGGAUGGCGUACUAGUCGCCAUGCCGGCUCUGCCGCAUGUAGGGCUGGGACCGGUCUGA